GAAAGUAGAAAAGCUGGAGGGUGGGAGCUUUAGGUCCUGGGGUACCCAAACCCCCGAUCGCAGCAGAGCCCUGCCCACUCCCCGCAGGGCGAUCAGAAGCCCGGCGUCCUUGGUCCCACGGCCGCCCUCGGUUGGCUGGUUCCUGCCCAGUCUCCACCCAGUCCUAGGCCCGGAUCAAAUCUCGGUGCCUCCGCCCAGUUUACCCCACAACAGCCCACUCGCCUCACUGCAUGCCUGGGGCCAUCCCCUCCGAGCGGGGUGCGCCCUGGUCCACCUCCCAGUGAGCCCACCCCUCCUAUUUCGGGGAUCCAGCCGCGGGCUGGAGUGGGGUCCCGCUCCGGUUGGGAACCGAGGGGCCUCCUGCAGUGAUGCCAACUCCCCGAGGGCGCCAGGCUCCUAGUUCUGGUUCUGCCGGCCGCCCGCUGUGACUUUAGCCCAGCGUCUUCCCUCCGUGCGCCUGUUUAGCUGACUGACCUGGUUGGUGCUCCCUUCUACGACUUAGAGUCCGAGCGGCCCAGCUCGCCUCAAUUUGCUGACCAGCACAAAACAGCUCAAACUCAUCACUCUGCUGACGGCGGCCUUUUAGUAAAGAGAAAAGAAGAAAUUGGGGCCAGAGAGAGAGAGAAGUGAGGAGAGUCAGAUCCCAGGCGUUUGGGGAGAAGGAGCUGUAAGGAGCAGCACCCCCUCCACCGUAGCCCUUAUCAGGUGGGAAGAGCAGGCUGAGAAGAGCCAGAGCCCACAGGCCUCCUGGGAGAACAGCUCUGAACAGGGGAUGUGGUGGUGAGGCAGAAUCUGCAGACCCGGCCGGAAGAGGGCUGUCAGGGCCAUGGCCCAGGUCAGCAUCAACAGUGACCUUGGCGAGUGGGGCUUCAGCACGGAUGCUGGGGAGCGGGCCCGUCUGCUGCAGAGUCCCUGUGUGGACUCGGACCCGAAGAGUGAGGGGGAGGCCUCCCCUGAAAGCCUGAGCAGAGGCACCACGUCCUCGUUUGGGGCCAUCUUCAUUGUAGUCAACGCCUGCCUGGGGGCAGGACUGCUCAACUUCCCAGCAGCCUUCAGCACGGCCGGGGGCGUGGCCGCGGGCAUCACCCUGCAGAUGGGCAUGCUGGUUUUCAUCAUCAGCGGCCUCGUCAUCCUCGCCUACUGCUCCCAGGCCAGCAACGAGCGGACCUAUCAGGAGGUGGUGUGGGCUGUGUGUGGCAAGCUGACGGGCGUGCUGUGCGAGGUGUCCAUUGCCAUCUACACCUUCGGCACCUGCAUCGCCUUCCUCAUCAUCAUUGGGGACCAGCAGGACAAAAUUAUAGCUGUGUUGGCAAAGGAGCCUGAGGGGGCCGGUGGCAGCCCCUGGUACACGGACCGCAAGUUUACCAUCAGCCUCACCGCCUUCCUCUUCAUCCUGCCUCUGUCCAUCCCCAGGGAGAUCGGCUUCCAGAAGUAUGCCAGCUUCCUGAGCGUCGUGGGCACCUGGUACGUCACCGCCAUCGUUAUCAUCAAGUACAUCUGGCCGGACAAGGAGAUGACCCCAGGGGACAUCCUGACCAGGCCAGCUUCCUGGAUGGCCGUGUUCAAUGCCAUGCCCACCAUCUGCUUUGGAUUUCAGUGCCACGUGAGCAGCGUGCCCAUCUUCAACAGCAUGCAGCAGCCCGAGGUGAAGACCUGGGGCGGGGUGGUGACGGCCGCCAUGGUCAUAGCCCUCGCCGUGUACAUGGGCACAGCCCGCAGAGCUGCUCCAACGCCCUCCCUGUCUGAUGUCCCACCCAGCGGUGGGCAGUCCUUCCGCCUUCCCCUGCCAGGGUGGCGCCUUCCCGGCCCUUUGCUCCCUGCCCUCAGGCAUCUGUGGCUUCCUGACCUUUGGAGCUUCUGUGGACCCCGACGUGCUCCUGUCCUACCCCUCCAACGACGUGGCCGUGGCCGUGGCACGCGCCUUCAUCAUCCUGAGCGUGCUCACCUCCUACUCCAUCCUGCACUUCUGUGGCCGGGCGGUGGUCGAAGGCCUGUGGCUGCGCUACCAGGAGAUGCCCGUGGAGGAGGACGUAGGGCGGGAGCAGCGGCGGCGAGUGCUACAGACGGUGGUCUGGUUCCUGCUCACCCUGCUGCUGGCGCUCUUCAUCCCCGACAUCGGCAAGGUCAUCUCGGUCAUCGGAGGCCUGGCCGCCUGCUUCAUCUUCGUCUUCCCAGGGCUGUGCCUCAUUCAAGCCAAACUGUCUGAGAUGGAGGAGGUCAAGCCAGCCAGCUGGUGGGCGCUGGUCAGCUACGGAGUCCUCUUAGUCACCCUGGGAGCCUUCAUCUUCGGCCAGACCACAGCCAACGCCGUCUUCGUGGAUCUGUUGGCAUAACCACGGCCUCCUUGGCACCCAGGAACCCAUCUCAGAGCUGCAGGACCAUGCUGACUCGGGCAUCAUUCCCCUCUCCUGGUGGGGUGAUUCCAGGGGCGGAUCUGGGCUGAAAUCGGACCCACAGUCUGGAGCCUGCAGCACGGGCAUGUGGCCUGACUGGGAAUUGAACACACCAGCUCCCUUCCUGCUCCCCCGUCCUGGCGGGGCCCUGGAUGGCGGGAGGGGGGGGCCACAGGAGCCUCCCCGCUGCCUCCAGCUCUCAGCUCCUCCAGGCCUGGAGCCCACAGUGAAGAGGCUCAGCAGGUCUCCGGAGAAGGCAGCAGCAUGACUUCCCUCGGGAGAAAUGGGGGCGCCCUCUCCAUAGAGCAGGGGCUGUGCUCCCUCCCCAGGACUCACGCCUGCUCCGUCUGUCCUCGGACCAGCCAGCAGUGGCUUCCUCUGGGCUCCGGCCAGUCCCAAAGGUAGCGCUGAAUUCACACGGAUGCACAGAGGCAGGUAGAGUCCGUGCCUCGCCCACUCCCUCCUGGGCCCACGGUGAGCCCGCAGCCCUCUUUCCCACGGCUGACUGACAUUCCCCGAGGCUUCGGGGCCUCACCGAGUGUCUCUCCCCAAACCUCAGGGUCCGGGCGUCCCCCUCCUCCUCCAUCCCCAGACGUCACCAAGUCUUAUGUUCCCCAAACCUCAGGGUCCGGGCGUCCCCCUCCUCCAUCCCCAGACGUCACCAAGUCUUAUGUUUACAAACGGUGCCCACCCGGCUCAGCCAGGGACCAGGGGCCGUCCCGUGCCUCAGUGCUGUGAGCACUCCGCCUCCCACUCCGCCUCCAUUAGCUUUCCCCGUGGCGGGGGGAGAGAAGGGUGCUUCUCUCUCAGAUUCCAGAUGGGCCCCUCUUUUCAGAGGCACAAAAGUGGGUGAUGGAGAAGGCUGGGGACCUUUCGGACCUGUGCAGGCUGGGCUGGCCAGGGUCAAGGUGAACCUGCCUGCCACCCUCUCCUCCAAUGACUGCUGCUCUCUUCCUCCCCUUCCGUUCCCCAUGGGGUAGCCCAGAGGCACGCAGGGUGCCGAGCUGUCAUUGACUGGGCAGCAGGAGAAGGCAGCUCCGCCAGCCUGGCACUUUCAACCUGGAUCCUGUCUGCCUUUCCCCCACCCCAUCCCUUCUUCACCCCCCACCCCAUUUGUCUAUGUAGCUCAAUCUCCUGCUCACAUAAGUAUUGGGGGGGGGGGGGCAGGCUGCCAAACCCUCCCUUGUCAACUUCCUCAGCUCCACACAGUCACACUGAGGUCACACCUGGAUUAUGCCCCAGGCAUGGUGAGGGGGGCCCUUCUCCCAUUGCACAUGCCCAUCAGGUUUCCCGUGCCUGGAACACCCAGCAUUUCCCCGGCCCCUCCUGCCCCAAACCUCUGUCCUGGGCCGGGUAUGGGGACCCCAGCCAGCAGCCCACCAGUCAGGGCAGUGAGAUCUAGGAAACAGGCUGGCGGGAGGCCCCAUAGGCUUCUGCCCAGCCCCCACACUGGGGACCCGCCUCUCCUCACCUCCUGGCCCCUGGGGCCGGAGCCCCUCUGCUGGUUCCUCUCAGCCCAGCCCGCUGCACCUCACCAGGCCCGCCAGCACCCAUCCCUGACAAGGUGGGGAGGGUGUCCCAGCCAGCAUGGCCGCUCAGCCUCCUGACGCUGGAUUUCAGGGGUGGAGGGAGGUAAGGGAGUCAUUGCACAGCAUCCGUCGGGGAAAGGGGCUGGAAUCCGGCCUCUCAGCCCAAACUCAGGAGCCCCGACCCUCCCUGCUGGGGCAUUUUACUGUUUCUUUUCUACUCGGGCACAUUCAGACCAGGGAAGGUGGUUAAUAAAAAGGAGCUUGUGCUACUGA